AUGUCUGGACUGGGACCAGAUGAUAAGACUCCCGACAUGACUCAAGGGCCGGCCCUUCUAGCCGUGUCGGUGACCACGACUGCAGUGGCUCUUCUGACAAGUAUACUGCGGUUCUGCGUCAGGCUUAGGAUCAAUCGCAGUGUGGUAUGGGAUGAUUACUUCCUGGGACUGGCAAUGUUACUUGGACUCGUCGGCGCGAUCUUUACCAUCAUCGAAAGUGUCAACCAGGAGAGAAUCGAGACUGCCAUUCAAUUCGACUACCUCUCGCAACCUUGGUUGAAUAUGGGCUCGACUCUGAGUAAGGUGUCCAUUUGCCUGUUCUUUCUACGCCUGGUCUCGCGUGUCAAGGCUUGGAGGAUUGUCCUCGGCGUUCAGGUUCUGUUGCUACUUCUGGUCAAUCUGGCCUAUAGCUUUACGACUCUGCUUCAAUGUCGACCGAUGGAGAAGCUGUGGGACGCUUCCGUCGCCGGCGAGUGCUGGAAUAUCAGUAUUCAACAUGGGAUCGGUUACUUCCAGGGUGCCUUCGAUGUAUUUUCUGGGUUAUUCAUUGCGCUGUUUCCUAUGAUCAUCAUACAAGAUCUCAACAUCAAGCGCAACAUUCGUUGGCCUUUCUACAUCCUUUCAGGGUUGAGCAUAGUUAUUGCAAUGCUUGCCGUUGUCAGAACCUACAAUAUUUCCCUGACAAGCUCCAAUGAGCAGUUCCAAUUUCAAGUUUUAUGUACUAUAAUGGCUGUCUUAGAGCAGAAUUUGGGAAUACUGUCAGCAAACAUGCUCCCGAUUGCCUCACUUUUCUCAAAGCACAUUAGGCCUAUUAGCCAAGCGAUAAGUGAGGCAGCUAGCGCGAGGGACGACUCAGAUGCUGCAUCCAUUCUGUCCCGGACGUCCAAGGCGUCCAAGAUGAGCAAGUUGUCACGGAGGAAAAGUAAUGGAUCAAACUUUAUAAUCGAAGGCCCACAGAGGGACAGCUACGAUACACACUCUCUGAGGGACUUUGAAGGCGUUGAGUCGUGGCCUAUGGGUAUAAUCAAAACCGUGAGCGUGCAGGUCACGGAAGAGGACGCGCCUGACGCUCAUCGGGGUAUGGACAUCUCAGAGAUCAAGCGGUCGGAAAGCCGCCAAGACUGGGAUAGCCACUUUCCUUGA